AUGAGUAUGGUUGGAGAGCUAAGUUCCUUUCUUAGCCUUCAAGUAAAGCAAACCAACUAUGGGUUGUUUAUUUCUCAAUCAAAAUAUGCCAAAGACCUAAUAAAAAUAUUUGUACUAGACAGUAAAAAACACACAAGGACACCCAUGAGCAUGAGUUUUAAGUUAGGUCAUGAUCCUACAGGUACGAGUGUUGAUCAAACAUUGUAUAGGAGUAUGACUUACUCUAGCUUACAGCUAGCUGAUCCUAAGGAAUCCCAUCUGAGUAUAGUGAGGCGUAUCAUUAGGUAUGUUAGUGGGAUCGUAGAUUAUAGGAUCUUAUAUUCUAGAGAGUCUAAUCUUGAUCUAGUCGGCUAUUCUAACAUCGACUGGGCUAGAAAUGCCGUUGAUAGAAAAAGUACCUCAGGUGGAUGUUCUUAUGUUGGUUCUAAUCUUGUUUUAUGGAUGAGUAAGAAACAAAACUCAAUCUCCUUGUCUACAUCUAAGGUAGAAUACAUUGUAAUCGAUAGUUGUUGCACUCAGUUGCUUAGGAUGAAACAAAUGCUAAGUGAUUAUGGGAUAAAAUAG